CUCCGCUCAACUCUGACCCGUGACGUUCCCAUUGUACGGCAGCCGGGACGGCCACGCCAGUUAUUCACGCUGUAUUCGGAAAGUGUGUCUUUAAGUGAUUGCUUCUUGAAGAUACAGCCUAUGUAAGGACAGCAGAGAUGGCUCUGGAGCAAUUCAGUGAUGUGGUCCAGAGAUGUGAAGCACUCCCAAAUGACAGCUACACCUCAGAUGAUCAUAACGUGUUCACGAUUGCUGGGCGAACCUGCAUCGAGGAGGGAAACAGCCCGCAGGUCCUCAGUAUCGUCCUGGAUGAAAAGAACCAGAACAUAGUGAGGAGUAUGGGCUGGAAUCUGCUGCCGCCGCUGAUUCAAGUGCUGCUGAAGAAAGAGGAUAAAAACCUCCCUCAGUGCCUGUCCAUUUUUAACCAUCUGUUAGAGACCUGCAGACCUAAAGAGUUACUUAUUGGCCUAUUGGAGCAGGUGGAACAUGAUGAUCCUGACAGAAUCGCUGAGAGUCUCCACCUACUUUUGAACCCUUUACAAAAAGUGCUGCUGUGCCUGGGCAGCCGAAAGGCUUCCUCCUUGGGUAUGACUCUGUCCUCUGUGCUGGACCAGCUGGUCAAACUGCCCGUCCCCGUCACCAAGGAGCAGGAAGAGGAUGAUGUCUUUUCACUUUGUCGUUGCUGCACUGACCUGAUCCAGUUCGUCAGGCCUUUUGUUGAGGAGGCGAGACUGAAUCAGAGCAGUGGAAAUCAGUUGGAAAAGUCACAUAAAACAGCAAGUGGACAGGAUGAGGGAGCAGAGGAUGAGCUGCGGACAGACCUCCUGAAGUUCUGCAUGAAGACCCUGAGUCAGCCUUUGUUGGACGUACAGAUUAGGGAUCCAGACACGCUGCCUCUGUCUCCCCUCAGGACUUUUGCUUCGGAAAUUCUGGACAUUCUUGGCGCUGUUGGAGAGUCCCUCCCAAGUCUCCUUUUCCAUCCUCUGCUAAAGAGGAAAGAGGUUCCAGGCUUCCUGGAGGAGGAGGUCCAUUAUCCAAAAAGUUCCCUGGCCAGCUUGGCUCACCUGGUUUUUGUCCAUCAUCUGGCUGCUGAUACUUUCCCCAGUGUUUUCAGCCCUCUGUUCUGUCUACGGAGCAACAUGGAGCACAUUUCCAUUCUUCUGUCACGACCGGAGGACUCCAGACUUCAGAAAGGACUGGAGCUGUAUGAGAAGAGUAUGGUCCGGGUGGAGGAUGGCAGUCUGCCAGCUGAUCUGCUUGAGAUUAAAACCUUCCUCACUGUACCACAGGACUUAGUCAAGGUCAUGACAGUUUGCCCUAAUUAUGAUCUGAGGACUAAAGGACUGAAGGUGUUCCAGCUCAGCAUUGAUAAGUUUCACCCUGAAGCCAAGUACAGAUUCUUCCAAUACAUGCUCAGGACAAGUAAUCACUCAGGGGUAGAAGGCUACGUCAUUAAGAACAUCAAGAAUCAGAUUGAUGCUGCUCUGCAGCCAGGUAACAGUAACAUCUGGUUUGAGGGAGCUCACCUGCUGCCUCUGCUGCGUAAGGUAUUUAGUCUUCCAGAUGGCCCAGAGACGGACCUCCUGCAGAACCUGGACAGAGUCAUGGAGUCUCUGAACCUACUGCGGUACCUGAUCAUCAGAGACAAAGUAACAGAGAACCAGACAGGCAUCUGGACAGAACUGUAUAAAAUAGAAGAUACGUUCAUGAAGCCUCUGCGUGUCGGGCUGAACAUGUCCAGAGCCCACUAUGAGAGGGAGCUGCAGGGCACCAUGGAGAACAAAAAGAAGAAAACCAAAGACAAGUCAGUACUGUCUGUAUCUGUCGGUGGGGAUGAGUUGCCAAAAAUGACAUCAGAAUCUCAGAUUCAGGCUCUGCACUCGGCGCUCCACACGUUUGACAUGAUCGAGAGUGUGUUGGUGCGGAUAGAGGAACUCACCGAGGUGAAGGACGGUCUGGAACCUGCCGGAGAGCUUCACCCUGUCAAGACCUAACAAACAAGACAGGCGUGUUUUAUUUCUUUGAUAUUGUAUGUAAAUGCAUCAUUUCAAAUCAUGCAAAUGUUGUUCUAUUCUCCGUAUUUCAGAUUUGUAGUAUUCAGUAAAAUUUUCUACAAUUAAAUUGUCAGCUCUUCACUUUACCUCGUGUAUAUUCUGAUAAAGCUGUAACUGAUAACUGGAUCUUUGGUUAAAAACACGUCGGAUUUCUAACUUUUACACCCGAGAUUCAAAAGGUUUCAUACAUCUGAUUCCAUCUGCAGCUUUAUUACUACUCAAUAAUUUACCUUUCUGUACAUACAUCAGCAAAGUCUGUAAAGAUAUUAAAAUUAGGCCAAGUGAACAUCCAAUUUAUGUCAUGUCAUUAAUAACAGAUUCAUUUACUUUGUCAUUAUUAAUUUGGCCUUUUAACGAUGUAUUAGAAAACUUCUUUAACUGAGGUGAAAUGAUGAAAUGACAAUCAAUUAAAAAAAACAAUAAAUGCAAAUAUUUGAACUUA